AUGACGCAGAACGAUAACAACAGGGUCGCCAUUGUCACUGGCGCCGCACAGGGGAUCGGCGCGGCCAUCGCCCGCCGCUUGUCCAAGGAUGGAUUCGACGUGGUGAUUGCCGACCUGCCUGGUCGCAUCGCCGACAUCAAGCAGAUGGCCGAAACACUGAGCAAGGGCGCAGCACGAGCUGUAGCCGCAGGGUGCGACGUCAAGUCCAAGGCCGAUGUGGAAGCACUGGUGAAGACGGCCGUCGACUCGUUUGGUCACCUGGACGUCAUGGUCGCCAACGCGGGUAUCGCACCCGUGGGUCCAUUCCUGUCCAUUGACGAAAAGACGAUGCAAGACCUUGUGGACGUCAACAUCAAGGGUGUGCUCUGGUGUUACCAGGCAGCCGCCAACCAGAUGAUCGCGCAGGGCACUGGUGGCCGUCUUAUCGCCGCAUCAUCCAUUGCCGGUGUGGAGGGAUACGAGGCCUUUGGUGCGUACUCGAUGACCAAGUUUGCGGUGCGCGCCCUCAACCAGUCUGCGGCAAAGGAGCUGGGAAAGCACAAGAUCAAUUGCAACGUCUACUGCCCGGGACCUGUGGACACGCCCAUGUGGACCAAGAUUGACGAGGCCAUUUCGGGAGCGUUGGGUGCACCGCAGGGUAGCUUCACGAAGCAGCGUGUCGACAACUCCGUGUUGGGCCGUCUCGUCACCGUCGAGGACGUGGCCAACGGCGUAGCUUUCCUGGCUGGCCCAGACUCGAGCUUUAUCACCGGCGAGUCCCUCAUGAUCUCGGGUGGUGACGCGAUCCACUAG